AUGAGCUCCUUCGACCUCCCGGUGCCCUCGCCCCCGCGCUGCAGCCCCCAGUUCCCCAGCAUCGGCCAGGAGCCUCCGGAGGUGAACCUCUACUAUGAGAAUUUCUUCCACCCACAGGGCAUGCCCAGCCCUCAGCGGCCCCCGUCCUUCGAGGGCGGUGGCGAGUACGGGGCCACCCCCAACCCCUAUCUCUGGCUCAACGGGCAGGCCAUGACCCCGCAGCCCUACCUGCCGGGCCCCAGCGCCAGCCCGUUCCUGCCCCAGGCCUACGGGGUGCAGAGGCAGCUGCUGCCCGGCAUGUCCGGGAUGGGGGGCGGCGACCUGGGCUGGCUGCCCAUCCCGUCGCAGGAGGAGCUGAUGAAGCUGGUGCGGCCCCCCUACUCCUACUCGGCCCUCAUCGCCAUGGCCAUCCACGGGGCGCCCGACAAGCGCCUCACCCUCAGCCAGAUCUACCAGUACGUGGCCGACAACUUCCCCUUCUACAACAAGAGCAAGGCGGGCUGGCAGAACUCCAUCCGCCACAACCUGUCGCUCAACGACUGCUUCAAGAAGGUGCCCCGGGACGAGGACGACCCAGGCAAAGGGAACUACUGGACCCUGGACCCCAACUGCGAGAAGAUGUUCGACAAUGGCAACUUCCGCAGGAAGAGGAAGAGGAAAGCGGACGUCGCGUCCAGCGCGGGCUCCUUGGCCCCCGAGAAGACGGACAGCGGGCUCCUGGCGGGCAGCCCCAAGACCGCCGACCCCCAGGACCUCCUGGACAGCACCUCCCCGGGCGCCAGCAGCUCCCCGGAGCAGCGGCCGUCGCCUGCCCCGUGCCUCGGCGGCUUCCUCUCCACCAUGACGGCCUACGUGAGCGGGCCGAGCCCCGGGAGCCGGCCUGGGCCCGCGGGACUGAGCCCUGAGCCCGCCGACAAGACGGGGCAGAACGUGGUGAACUUCAACUCCUACACCCCACUCACCAACCUCGGCGGCCACGGGGCCGAGGGCGAGUGGGCCAACCCCAUGCCCGCCAACACUCUGGGCUACGGAGGGUCUGUCCUCAACCAGUUCAGCCCUCAUUUCUACAACAGCAUCAACGCGAACAGCGCCCUCUACCCCAGGGAGGGCACCGAGGUCUAG